CUUACUCACUCACAAGUCCAUUAUUCUACAUCUGUUUCCUCUAUUUAUUCAUCAGAUGUUUCAUCUUAACCAAAUCAGAUUUGUUACUUACUGUUUAACAUUUCAUUUAUAAUCAUGACUAUGUAUUGUAUUAAAAAUGCUUGAUGAAAUUGAUGCAUUGAUUAAUUAAACGCUGCAAAAAAUGAUAUAUUAGUGAGUGAAGAUAUCUUGAAUAAAGGAUAAGAUAUUUAAUAUUUCUGACUAGCAGCUCACUGGACCUGACUAGCAGCUCACUGGACCUGAUGAGCAGCUCACGAGACUUGACUACUAGCUUGACUACUAGCAGCUCACUGGACCUGACGAGCAGCUCACUGGACCUGACUAGCAGUUCACUGGACCUGAUGAGUAGCUCACAAGUCUUGACUACUAGCUUGACUACUAGCAGCUCACUAGACCUGACAAGCAGCUCACUGGACCUGAAUAGCAGCUCAUUGGACCUGUCUAGCAGCUCACUAGACCUGACUAGCAGCUCACUAGACUUGACUACUAGCUUGACUACUAGCAGCUCACUAGACCUGACUAGCAGCUCACUAGACCUGACGAGCAGCUCACUGGAAUUGACUAGCGGCUCACUAGACUUGACUACUAGCUUGACUACUAGCAGCUCACUAGACCUGACUAGCAGCUCACUAGACCUGACUUGCAGCUCACUGGACCUUACUACUAGAUUGACUACUAGCAGCUCACUAGACCUGACUAGCAGCUCGCUAGACCUGACUAGCAGCUCAUUGGACCUGACUAGCAGCUCACUAGACUUGACUAGCAGCUCACUGGACUUGACUUGCAGCUCACUGGACUUGACUAGCAGCUCACUGGACCUGACUUGCAGCUCACUAGACUUGACUACUAGCUUGACUACUAGCAGCUCACUAGACCUGACUAGCAGCUCAUUAGAUUUGACUAGCAGCUCACUGGACCUGACUAGCAGCUCAGGUCUAGCAGCUCACUAGACUUGACUAGUAGCUCACCUGAAUUGACUACUAGCGUGACUACUAGCAGCUCACUAGACUUGAAUAUUAAUUCACUGGAUUAAUCAUUAUAGGAUUUGACUAGUAGUUUAUUAGACUUGACUAGCAGUUUGUUCGACUUGACUAACAGUUCAUUGGUCCUGACUAACAGCUCAUUGGACUUAAUUAGCAGUUUACUGGAGUUGACUAACAGUUCCUUAGAUGUGACUAGCAUUUAAUUGGAUUUGUCGAUUCACUGGAAUUGAUAAGCAGCUCAUUGGGCAUGAUUAGCAUUAAAAAAAAAUCUUUGGGGUUAACAUUUACAGAAAUAGGAUUGGUAUGAGGUAGUCGUUAGCUGUUUGAGUUUAAGGAGCCCAUGUUGUUGUUUCUGGUGGUUGCUUUGCUUCUGUGUGUGUUCUAUAGAGUACACAGACCAUAAAUCUUUUUUAAGGUGAUGAUUGAGAAGAGUAAACUCAUGUCCUCUUGGUGUCCUCACGAGGAUAUUGUGCAAUAAUCCUAUAAGUGCACAGUUUUACAACGUCUGCUCUGACAUGUGGUUGUGCAAUGUUUUCAAGCACAUUUUGUACAUUUUGUACAUUUUGUUAUACAUGAGGAAAAGUCAAAGGAAACAUCAAACAAUUUCAAGGAGUGGAAAUAAUUCUCCCGUCUCAUGAAAUGAAAGUGCUGAAAGUGCAGUAUGGCCUGAAAACGAUAGGUAGUGACCUCCUUUGGAAUGCUCUAAUAGUUAGCAUGCGUAGAUUUGGAGACAUUCAUAAACGUUUAUCAGCGAUGCACUUAUCUGGACAUUAUUAAAAGGCAGAGAGCUUGUGUGACAGACAAAUUAUCCGCACCUUGACUCUCUCCUGAGCCUGGCUUACGUCAAACGCACGUGUUUCACGUUCACCGAACUUGAGACAACAGCCGUGAUUAGCCUCAUAUGUGUAACAUCUAAAUGUGAAUUCUAGAAUAUUCAGCAAGCACUUCAUGCUCUGCCACACGUCAAGUGUGUUUGCGUGCUCCGCUAAAGCCAAGACAUCGUUGUGCUGAAAUGCAGCGAGGCUUUCUCUUUGUCACGCGACAUUUCAUAGGUGAAUGAGUUUGAAACCAACACCAACAACAAACACGCACUCUGAAAAAUGUAUCUUCCCGCUUGAACUUGAAAAACCUUUAGGAACACUUGAAAACAGGAUUCACUGGAAGUGAUGACUUGGUCGCUGUUCAUUUUGGCACAGAUCGACUUGAACUGUUGAACUUUUAUUCAUCUGAACUAUACGAUAUCAACAUACCGAGAAUAUUUACGGAUUGAUGAGAUUAAUAAUGUGCUCUCAAAGCGAAUGAUUUACUGAAAUCCACUAAACAUUAGGAGCAAAGUGCUGUUUUUUUCUGCUUCUUCUUUUUUUUUUUUUUUUUCUUCCAUGCCACAUAGCCCUUUCUCUGUGAACCAUGCAGCAUGCUCCAGCUUCCCCAUCUGACACACACCAGCGUGAGAAUAGCAUAGUCUCCAGAGACCACUGACUCGCUUAAUAGUUUGUGAAAAGCCUGAAUUAAGAUUGAUGUUUGUGGCUGCCUGAAACAAACCACAGAGCCUGGAAGCUCGUCAAGUUGGUCAUUACCUUUUAUUUUUGUUUAUCAUGCGGUUCUAGAGCGUGCUAAAACAGCUGAGAAAGUUGGAGCACAAGUGGGAGGUAACUAAGGGAAAAAAUCCUUCAAGGAGCUACUGAUGCCAUUCAUUACAUUCAAAAAAUGCAAGUUCAUUUUCCAGUAAAGUGUUUUAUUACUUGUUUACCACAGAAGUUUAACAACGAAUACAAAUAUAUGUUUAUUAACGAACACAUCAUACUUUUUAUCCAUUUAUCUCUUACGUUAUAGCAGCUGUAAACAGUCGUUCCCACACCAGCCUCUCUUUUUUCUCUUUUGUGUUAAUAAGAUUCAAAAAAUUGCAGAUUGUUGUGUUACUGGAAAACUUUGUUACGGCUUUGUUACAGCUUUACUGUCAGCUACAGCUUUAAUUGUAAGAUUCGGUGACUUCUUCUCACUUCUUUGCUAUUAUUGUUUCGCUGUGACUGCGAUGUUUUUCUCCUUCCAUAACCAAUCAGAGCAUCGUGAGGUAAACUACCAGAGGUCCGAAUCCCAAAUCCCAUGACUCGUCUCCGAAUCGGUCCCAAGUCAAACUUCGAGAACGUGGUCCAGCCUCGUCUUGUUCUGCAGGAAGCGCAGACCUGGCGGAACAGGAAGUAGUUCGUGUGCAGUGUGCCCUCGGCUUGUUGUCUGCCGGCCUGCAUUUAUUUGGGGUCGGAAAUGGACCCCUGUUUCCAGCUGAUAAGUAAAUACCUCAAGGUCGGGGAGACAGAGGACAAUGUGUGUGGCUGGAUAUCUCUCAGAUUAUGAAACCUGUUGUCUUCUGUUUAGCUGAUGCAAUGAAGCAUUUAUUCCGCCAGAGGCCAAGGACACCAGCUGGGGAUGUAAACAUGGUGGAGUUGAAGGCAGAUAUAAAUCUGAAAUAUUACAUUCUUCCUUGAGAACUCAUUAUUUUGCUUCAUGGCUAUUUGUGAACGGUAAUAAAGUUUUCUGGAAGGUGUGCAUCCCAGGAAGUCAGUUGUUGUAACAGUGACAAAAAAGUGCCUGUUCAUUUCCCAAGCUCUUCAUCCUUCAUGUUUGUCAUUUGUAGCUCAGCUCCUG